CAAAACUGUUCGGCCUUCACAGAGAAGACCAGAAGGAGACACAGUUCAAUACGAAGCAGGUGACACGCCUCUGCUUGCUUCCCCUCUUCUUUGGUGUUUCGUCGUUUUUGCGUUUGAAUUAAGCUGGAUAUGAAUUUGCAUCGUACCGCGCCUACAAGCUUUGUUCUUCUCGUCUGGUUUCGCUGAUCCGAUCGCUUAAACCCUAGCUCUUUCUCUUUGAAUUUGAGAGAGCGGCUGAUCGGAUGCUUGAUUGAAUGAUCCUGUCGUUUUGCGGAGCGAUAGGUGGGGAAUUGUAGAGAGAGAGAGUGAAAGAAGAUGCAGAGACGAAGUCCACCCAAGCACAGGCACGAUGGGACUUCGCCACUGCCUCUCGGGAUGGAUUGGAGUCCUCCACCUAGAAAAUGGAAUGGGCAGGAAACUGUUUGGCCACAUGAUUUUCAUACAGGAUGGAGUUACUGUGUUACAAUACCCUCUUGGGCUGUCCUCCCAAAAUCAAGAGAUUCAGAUCCUGUAGUGUUUUAUAGGGUUCAGAUUGGCAUACAAUCACCAGAAGGGAUUACAACUACACGUGGAGUGUUGAGAAGAUUUAAUGAUUUUUUGAAGUUGUUUACUGAUCUUAAAAAGGCAUUUCCAAAGAAAAGUCUCCCACCAGCUCCACCUAAGGGACUAUUGCGUUUGAAAAGCAGGGCACUAUUGGAAGAGAGAAGGUGCUCACUAGAAGAAUGGAUGGCAAAGCUACUAUCUGACAUCGAUUUGUCAAGAAGUGUUGCGGUGGCAUCCUUUCUUGAGCUUGAAGCUGCUGCGAGGUCUUCAUUUCAAGACAUAAAUGAAAGCACUUCAGAAGCAAAUGCUGCUGAAAAUAGCACAAUUUUGUCAUCUCAGGUUCUCUCACAGCAGAGCUUACCUCCUUUUGCUGGUACUUCAUCAAUCAUGUCAGAUUAUUAUGGUAGUGAUACUGCAUAUGAGGCCUCUGAGCUUGGGACGCCAAGUUUAGGAAGAGAUGACAAUUCUGAACUUGGUUUGGAGGAGCUGACACUGGAUGAGGAUUUGACAGGUCCAAUAGAAAAAUUUGUGAAGUAUGGUAUGACCAACAUUGAUGAGGGGUUAUCCAUGGGACAGACAAUUCUAGACCAGCUUGAAGGUUUUCCUAGGCAUAAAGCACAAACCAGAAAUAACAAUGAUUCUGUGAGAAAAGAUCCAUAUGUUGGAAAUGGUUCUAGAGCUUCAUUUCUUGCCGGUAAUGGAUUGGAGCUUUUCUCGGAACCAGAGGUGGGUAAGGCAGUUAGCCAUGCUCGAAAACUAUCAAAUGAAAGUGUUGGAAGUGACAUAAGUUCUCUAAAGGGUAGUGAAAUGUCAAACUCUGGUGUUCCAAAUUUGUCUGGUGAUGGGUCUCUUGGCCCUCAUGGAAGCAUUGAGGAUUCAAGUAUCACUGUAAAUGUUGGCAACCCAGAAUUGCAGUUUUCAGGGGAUGCACAAAUAGUUCUUCCUUUGGAUCAGCGUCAUAAGAUGAACAGAGUUCUUUUGGCUAUGCAGCGUAGACUGGUCACUGCAAAAACAGACAUGGAGGAUCUCAUGGCAAGACUGUACCAAGAAAUAGCAGUGAAAGAUUACCUUGCAGCAAAGGUCAAUGAUUUGGAAGUUGAACUUGAAACCACGAAACAGAAAAGUAAAGAGAACCUGCAGCUGGCUAUUUUGGAUGAAAGGGAAAGGUUUACUAAAAUGCAGUGGGAAAUGGAGGAACUGCGACGGAAAUCUUUGGAAAUGGAGUUGAAGUUGCAUACCAAACAGAGUGAGAAGCCAAAUGCAGAGCCAACUGAACAAUCUGCUCCUCAGGAGAAAGAUGUGAUGUUGCAUGCUACUAAAGAGCAGCUUGACAGUUUGUCAAGGAAAUAUGAAGAGCUGGAGGCAAAAUCAAAAGCAGAUAUUAAAGUCCUCAUUAAAGAGGUUAAAUCCCUUAGGAAUUCACAAAGAGAACUAAAUCAUGAGCUUAGUCAAACAAUUACAGAAAAGUCUGAAACUGAGGAACUCCUUAAACAGGAAAGACAAAUCAGUGAGCAUGCAAGAUCCACUAGAGAAAAGCUGCUUAGUGAUUGCAGAGUUCUAUACAACCAACUUCUUGAAUGUAAUCUUAACUUGUCCAUUACUGAUGAUGAAGACUCUCUCGUGGAUUCAUCCUCACUAGCAGAUGCUCUCAAUUUGCUAACUACCUCUGACAAUAAAAUUAGCCUCCUACUUGCUGAGGCAGAAGUUUUAGCAAAGGAUGGUGGAGCUAACCCAGGGGACAUUGAUAGGGCACAUGAAAAUGAUGAAGCUAUGAGAAUAGAUGAUGAGUUGAGGAAGUUGCUGGCUAAUAUCUUCAUCAACAAUGCUAAACUAAGAAAGCAGGUGAACUCCCUGAUAAGGCAUAGGCUAAAUACAGGUAUCAUGUCUAGCAAUAAUACUACAGAAUCAAGUGAGUCAUUGGAAAGACGAAAAGAAAACUGAAUUGAAAUAUCAUUUUGUAGAGAAUUACGAGUCUUCCCAUCUUUGUUAGUGUUCCUAGUAAUCCAUCCUAAUCAUGAAUCAGGAUCUCAAUACUUGUACAAUUUGGCGGUAACACAUAAAGGCAAAUCUCCAGUUUUUGUAUCAUGUUUAGUGACUUGAUGAAUUCAAUACUGAAAUAAAAAGAAAGGUUCAAAACUGAAAGUGUAUUGGUUUGUAUUCCCUUUUUGGGUCUGAACUAAUGAUAAGUAUCACAUUGAUUGUCAA